AUGGAUAUUGAGAACGCCAAAAAACACUUGAGUGAACUGCAAGAAGAAAGAAGGAAACAUAAAAUCGCUCUACCACUUGCUCUGAAAAAUAAGACUAUAAUUGAACAGAUGGAAAAUAAUAUAAGUGGAAAAUGUGAAAAGGAUGUUUUGAAGAACCAUUUUCCUAAUACUAUAAAUAAACCAAUAAUCAAAUUGUAUGGAGAAAAUACUUGUUUAAAUUAUUUUAAAGGAAAAAAAUUAUAUGAUACAUGUUCAACCGAAAUAUCAGAUGACAUAUCAAGAAGCUAUUAUACUGAAAAUUCUCUUCUUAAAGAAAUGAUGAAAGUUUACAGUGAAGAUGUUAUUCUAAAUAUAGGAAUAUUGUUCACAGGUUUACAAGCACCAGGUGGUCAUAAUAUUAUUUGUGGUGUGUUAGAUUGUUUAAGAAAGAAAAAUAAAAAAAAUGUAUUAUAUGGUUUUUUAAAUGGUUUUAAAGGAGUACAAAAUUAUGAUUUCAUGGAAUUAAAAAAUGAGUACAUAAGUAUGUUCAGAAAUAGUGGUGGUUUCGACAUGAUAAAAAGUAGUAAAUUAAAUAUUUUGAACGAAAAGGACAAAAAAAAAUUAUUUAAAAUUUGUAGACACUUAAAUUUGAACGGUUUAAUAAUUGUUGGAGCGGUUAAUAGUAAUAGACAAGCAGCCAUACUAGCAGAGUAUUUUGAAAAUAUUUACAACCAAGCUAAUGAAAAGAUUAAAAUUAAGACAAAAAAAUAUCAUAAGAUGAGAGCAAAAAAGUUAUAUGAAGGGGAAAUAAAGGUAGAGCAGGAAAAUGGAAUAGUUCGUGGUAUGCUUUAUGGAAAAGGAAAUAGCAAAGAAGUUCACGCAGAAGGCGCAAAAAGAGGAUACUGCCAUGAAAAUGGUGAGCAUGAGGAUGGAAAUGGAGAUAGAAAUGGAAAUAGAAAUGGAAAUAGAAAUAUAAAUGAAGCUGAAAAUGGAAACGACUAUGCAAACGACUAUGCAAACGAACAUGCAAACGAACAUGCAAAUGAACGUGCAAACGACUAUGCAAACGACUAUGCAAACGAACAUGCAAACGAACAAGCAAAUGAACAUGCAAAUGAACAUGAAGAGUGUCAAUUAUACGAUGCUACAUACGAAAUUUUGAGUGACUUAAGUGAUGAAGAAGUAAAAAAGAAAUAUCCUCGAAAAAUGAAAAAUAAAUUGAACAAAACUGCAAUAGUAAGUGCCCCCAAAACAGUACAUAACGAAAUGAGAAAUGAAUUUAUUGAAUGCUCCUUAGGUUUUGACACUACUGUGUAUACAUACUGUCAGUAUAUUAGUUAUUUAAUAUCACACAUACAAACAUACUUGAAGGGGUAUCACUUUAUUAGGAUAAUUGGAAAUCAUUCUAGUCAUAUUGCCUUAGAAUGCUUCCUACAAACUAAGGUAAAUAUUGUUCUAGUAAGCGAGGAAAUUAAAAAAAAAAAAUUAAGGCUAAAAGAUAUUAUUAAUUUUAUUGCUGACACUAUUGAGACUAGGUGCACGAAGUACCAUAAAAAAUAUGGCAUUAUAAUUAUACCUGAAGGGUUACUUAGAAAAAUUCCUGAGUUUAAAGCGAUGGUUAGUUCUAUUGGACAAACGAAAGAGAAAAUUGCUACAAGUGAUAGAGUUACUAAGGAGGAGCCUACUGUGGAGGGGAAUUUCGAAGAAAAGCAUGUUAAGGACGAAAUGACCAUGCUCAGUAAACUCAAAGCUCAACUAAGUAGUCACUUGGAUAGAGAAGAAUACUCCCUCUUUCACUCUUUACCUUUAUCUUUUCAAAAUCAGCUCUUGGAAGAAAUUUGUUCGGAAAAUUUUCAAUAUUUCCGCACGAACGUGGAAGAGCUGCUUCUUCAAAUGGUGAAGGAAAAAACAGACAAGAGAAAAAUAGACGAUUUAGUAUAUAUACCUCAUUCUUACGGGAACGAAGUUACUUGCUCUUUGCCAACAAACUUCGACUGUGCUUACAGUUAUAUCCUAGGAUUCAGUUGUGUGCAUAUAAUAGAAAAUAAAUAUAACGGAUAUAUGUGCAUCAUCAAGAAUUUGAAACAUCUACUGUCAAAUGUAAAUGAUAUAGAGAUUAUAGGAGUACCCAUCUGUAGCUUAAUGAGAAUAAAAAAUAAAACUAAGGAUAGGCAAGGAGAAGAUGGCUCAAAUGCUAUCGAUAAUGAUACACAGAAAAAUGCUAAGGGGGACCUCGUAAAAGACUGCCCGCAAAACCUAGUAAAAGACUUUGAAUUUUUUUUGAAAAGGGAAAAAGUGAACCUAAAGAGCAACUACUACUCUAAAUACAAAACAUGCCGCUCCAUCUACUUGUAUGAGGACAGGUACAGAGCACUUAGCGGGAUACAAUAUCAGCACAAUGUGUCUGUUCAAAGUGAUGAAAGCUCUUUAGGGUCUCCUAAAAAAUUAACCAAAUUUUUUGCUGAGGAUUAUGUAGACAUCAUUUCAAAGGAUAGCGAAAUAUACAACAGGGUGAAUUUCACUAUCUCUGGACUGAAGGACGAGUACAUGGGUAUUCGGGAAGAUUACACAGGGACUGUCAAACUGAAUGGAGUAACGAGCGGUAAAGCAUUUAGCGAUGAGAAUGUGGGAAGAGUGCGGUACAAAAUUUCCAAAACGGACGAACGAAUGGGCGAGCGAAUGGAUGAGCGAAUGGACGAGCGAAUGGACGAGCGAAUGGACGAGCGAAUGGACGAGCGAAUGGACGAGCGAAUGGACGAGCGAAUGGACGAGCGAAUGGACGAGCGAAUGGACGAGCGAAUGGACGAGCGAAUGGACGAGCGAAUGGACGAACGAAUGGACGAACGAAUGGACAAACGAAUGGACAAACGAAUGGACGAACGAAUGGACAAACAAAUGGACGAACGAAUGGACGAGCGAAUGGACGAACGAAACAAUGGAUGCAAAAAUGAAGGAAAAUGGGUAAACCCAAGUGGGAACCAAAUCAAGUGCAAUUAUUACAAGAGGGAAGAGAUGUUAUCAGAAAUUGAAAAAGCCUUAACAAAGUCAGUAAUAAAUUUUAACACAAUUUUGAUUAGACACAAUACAGGAAUUAGAUAUAUGGACAACAAUUUCGAAAGUAAAUUCAAUUAUAAUUCAUUCCUUCAUAUAAAUAAAAUAAAAGACUUUUAUGUAGUACAUGACAACACGUUUGGUUUGAAGAAAAAUGGUAGAGUGAGCUCUUCCUGUUAUUAUAAGAACACAGGGGUUGUGUUACUUUCUCAUUGUACUCCUGGUGCAAAUAAUAUAUUAGUGGGAUUACACCAACGAUUGUCUAUGAAUAAUUUAAAAUUGUUCGGGUAUGUAAGAGGUAUAAGAGGACUACUAAAAAAUGAAACUUGUAUAAUUAACGACAAUAAUUUAAAGAAUUGCAUAAAUAUAGGUGGUUUUCCACUACUAGGUGUACAGGUAGAUUAUCAUAAAAAGUGUGAAGAUACAACACUGUACAUUCCCGAUUUAGUGAAAGAAGAAUGCGUAAAUAAAAUAAUUGAAAACUGUAAAGAAAAUUAUAUAACCAAUUUAGUUUUUAUAGGAGAUGAAAAGGUUAUAUCAGUUAUGAAUAUACUUAAUGAUAUAUUUAUAAAUAGAAAAGUUAAUAUAAAAAUUAUAUCUGUUCCUAUUUCUCUAUAUAAUAGUUUUGAUAAAAACUUAGUGGAGUGUAGUAUUGGUUAUCACUCUAUGGUUCGAAAUGUUAGUGAUACUAUAAGUAAUUUACAGAGUUGUUGUUUAAAUAUAAAUAAAUUUUAUUAUUUAAUAAAGGUCCCUACUAAUAUUUCUUCUUCUCUCAUAUUGUCUAUUCAAUUAGAAACACAUUGUAAUGUAUGUUAUAUCGGUGAAUGCUUGACUAACCAACUUAUCAACCUACAUACAAUCAUUGAACAUAUCUCGAUAAUUAUUAUAGAACGUAUUAAUAGGAUGAAAUACUAUGGUGUUAUUCUAUUUAGCUCCAAUUUGAUAUACUGUAUCAACGACUUCUAUGAAUUGUGCAUAGAUAUAGACGAAAACGUAAAAAGUGAAGAGGAACUAGCUAAAAUUAUCAAUGACGCUGAGCCUCCACGAAGAUUGGAAAAAGUUCUAAAGAAGGAGAAUGUCGAAUUGCUAAAAACAUGCACACGUUCAGUUAAGGAAAAGUUACUAAGAAAAGAAAAAAGGGAAAAUGAAGACAUCGAUUCAAACUUCGAGGUAAUGUUAAUAAAUGGAAUAAAAAAAUAUAUAUAUGAAUUAAUGAAGAAAUUCAAGGGUAAGAACGAACUGUACUGUUAUAAAAAACAUAUGAAUACUGUAACUAGCCAAAUAACAGCAAAAAACAUAAAAGUAUAUAGUGAUAUAGAUUACUUACUACAUUUCAAAACUAUAAUUAAAAACAUAGACAGAGAAAUGAACUGUUACUUCCCCACACAUUUUGAUAACUCUUUAGCCUUUUCUCAUGGCCUACUGGCUGGUAUUGCUGUUGAAAAUGAUCUAGUUAAUUAUGUAACCUCUAUAAGACAUUUAAAUUUAAAUAAAAAAUAUUGGAGCAGUUCUCUAUACCCCGGAUUAUACUUUAUAAAUAACAACAACAAUGGGGGUCCCUACCGUGAGUACCCCUAUGUUGCACCGGUUCCAAUAUCAGUGAAGUCCAGCCAAAUGGCUACCAUCAAGCAUAAUGCAAAUACGUGGGCAUACAGUGACAGUUACAUUUACGUCGGGCCCGUUCAAUACGGUGUAAACUCAGAUAGUCUUGGAUGCUCUUCGUACAUUUUUUAA